AUGGGAUUCGGUGGCUGGCCAUGUCCGUAUCAGUGGAAGUGGGCACCGUGGACUGGUGUCAUACAGGGUUCACAGUGUGGUGAGAAGGGUGCAUGGUCAUCAUGGGUGGUGCCACAAUCUGAUCCUGCUGUGUUAUUCACAUUACCAAGCAGCAAUCACGUGGUAGAAGGGCAAGGUGCUGAAGGGGGUAUGGACCCAAUGCUCCAAGAAAAUGCAAUAAUCAACUUCCCUACCGGUCUGAUUGUGACUGGCAGUAGAAGAGAGCAAAGAGAAAACGCAGACGCAUUUAUGUCGAAAUGGUUCACUGGAAUGGAAGGAGAGAAUGCAGAGCGAGAUAACGCGAGUCCAUUAAGGAUUGCCACGAACGCACCCAUUAAAAUGUAG